GUUUCUGAAGUCAAAGAGCACGUAGUUAUUAGAGAUUGCAGGGGAAUUUUUGCUUAGGAGAUAAGCAUCUAACUAGAAACUAUUUUCUUUUCAAUAUGUCAUAUUGCAAUAAUAAAUUUUCAAACAUCGAGAAGAAUGGAUCGCAAAGUAGUGAGUAUUUUUCGGGACUGCAAUGUGUAUUCGCUUUCCGCUUGUGAACCCCAGAACCCUUGUUCCGGCGAGUCCCACGAAUAUUGCACCAACUUAGAGAAUCCAUGUGAGCGAUCUUCUAAAAAUGCUAUUUGGGUGUGUGAAAAUUGCUAUCAGUCAACCGCUGAAAGUGUUAGUCAUGAAAAUAAUGAUUGCAAGUCCAAAUCGAAAUCACCGAAUCAAAUUGAAACAAGAUACGCUAAUUUACUAGACUUAGAAAAGCGGAUAGAGGCACUGGAGACACAUCGAAAAGCAUGUUCGGAUUUGGUACAAAGAGCCACUGACGCCGAAGAAAAGGGUUCAGCCACGCAACAGAAAGCAGCGCAUGCAUCCAUGCUUAAUCGGCGAGUGGUCAUCCCUAUUGCAGCUAUAGCAUUGUCAAUAAUAUUAAUCGGACUGCUGUUGUUCCCUGGAAGGACUGGAUUUUUCAAUGAAAACAAAGGGUCAUUGCAAGUGAUUCCAGUAAAUGCAACCCUGGGACCUCGCCCAAACUCGCUUUUGUUAAUUAGUAGAGAUGAAUGGUCUGCACAGACUGAGCGAGACGGAAUGCAUAAACUGCUGCUCCCAAUAGAACGGAUCAUUAUUGCACAUAUUUCAACAGCACAAUGCGAAAAUAGGGUCGAGUGUGAUGCCCGAGUGCGAGAUGUGCAAGCUUUUCAUAUACAUUCAAAUGGUUGGGGCGAUAUCGGUUAUAAUUUUCUAAUUGGUGGCGAUGGUCUAGUAUACGAAGGUCGAGGCUGGUACAACCAAGGCGCCCACACUACAGGCUAUAAUGGAAAUAGCAUCUGUAUUGCAUUCAUCGGUAUAUUUAAUGUAGAAGUGCCCACAGAAAACGACUUGAAAGCAGCUCAAUUACUCAUCGAUGAAGGAGCGAGGUUGGGAGUGCUCACGGCAAACUACCGACUUUACGGAGCCCGACAGCUAAGCGCCACCGAAAGUCCCGGAAAAGCCCUGUAUAGCAUAAUAAUGAAGUGGCCACACUGGAGUAGAAGCGUUUGAAUAAAUGUCAACGAUUUGAUAAUCAUAUUAUAUUUAAGACUUCUAUUAGUAUUAGAGACCAAAAUAAUAAAUAUAAUCAUAUUCGCUGCA